GCUCUGCUCUCCCUCCUUCCAGACAGCCCGUCGGCUCCAGUCAACGUCACAGUCAAACACCUGAAAGCCAACUCAGCCGUCGUGACUUGGGAUGUUCUGGAAGACGAAGUUGUCAUUGGAUUUGCAGUUUCCCAACAGAAGAAGGACGUGCGGAUGCUGCGCUUCAUCCAGGAGGUGAACACCACCACCCGCUCCUGUGCCCUCUGGGACCUAGAGGAGGACACUGAGUACAUUGUGCAUGUCCAGUCCAUCAGCAUCCAAGGCCAGAGCCCUGCCAGUGAGCCAGUCCUCUUCAAGACCCCCAGGGAAGCUGAGAAACUAGCCUCUAAAAAUAAAGAUGAGGUGACAAUGCAGGAGAUGGCGAAGAAAAACCAGCAGCUGCGAGCGGGGGAAAUUCUCAUCAUUGUUGUGGUGUUGUUUAUGUGGGCAGGGGUGAUCGCCCUGUUUUGCAGACAGUACGAUAUCAUCAAAGAUAACGAGCCAAAUAACAGCAAGGAGAAAGCCAAGAGCGCCUCGGAGAACAGCACUCCCGAGCACCAGAGCGGAGGGCUGCUCCGCAGCAAGGGGAGACGCUGCCGGCGCGGGGAGACUCAGAUACCAGCCGGGCCUCGGCUAAAUUACCCAAAAGCAGCCCCUGCUGAGCAUCCUCACUGCAGCCCCCUCCCUCCAGCCGGGGUGCUGGAAGGAAUCACCCCUCGCACCCACGCGCCAGCACCGCGGCUUCCUUAG